UACUUGAAACAAAAGACCUGUGAGACAAGCUGAUUGAUUUUUUUUUUUUUUUUCGUGGGUGAAUAUCAGUUCGUCCGCUGGAGAAACAAGAGUUGCCAUGGAAACUAUUUUGCUCUUCCUCUCUUCCCUCUUGGUAUGUGUGGCUGCUGUAGCAGGCCCCAGUGCACAGGAUGGCAAAGAGAAAGAAGAAAAUCCUUUCAUUUAUGACUAUGAGAGCCUGAGGGUUGGAGGACUGGCGUUCGCUGUGGUGCUGUUCGCACUGGGCAUCCUUCUAAUCCUCAGUCGGAGAUGCCGCUGCAGUAUCAGCCAGAAGCCCAGGGCCCCCGGAGACGAGGAGGCACAGGAGGAGAACCUUAUCGUCUCCAAGGCUGCAGCGGCUGCCAAAGAGACUCCAGCAGAGGACUGAGGCAACUCCACAGGACCUGACUGCCUUCUGAGACCAUGAUCAGUUUCCUUUGAUAUUUUAGCCACAAUACCAGUCGCUGACUAUUCUAACUGGUUAUACAAACGGGGAGGAGGGGGAGGUAUACGUUUAGAGGUGUAAUAUAUACAUAAAUCUUGUGCCUGUUGUUCUUUGUUGUGACCGUGCCAGUCCCUCAGUGCUCUCGUCCAUUCCUGUGCCUUUCUGUGACAGUCUCUCACUCCAGUUUGUCGUCUUAGCCAGUAGCACCUUCGACACAGGAUUGUCUUUAAAACCCUAGAGGAAUUUUUACUGUUGUGUGGUCCGCUGUUCUUCAUUUUGUACUUCUAUUUAUUGCCUUUAGGUUCUAGGAUUCGUCCAUUUGUUGCUUGUUUUGUCGGCUGUCUUGAAUAAUGUUUGUCACAUUUGGAAUAUAUAUGCAUAUAUACAGCAAACAUAUAUAAGUAUAUAUAUAUAUGUAUAUAUAAGUAUGGAUAGUUUACAUAUAAGAUAAAUGGCUAAAUAUUAUUCAUUUAUGUCUUUGUUUGAAUGGUUGGGUGUGUUUGUGUGCACAUAUGUAUGUUUAUCCUGUAUAUGUAUGACUGUGUGCACAUCACGAGUGCGUGUGUGUAUGUGUAUGUUUCUACACGAGCCUUACAAGAGACAAUCUCCACUGCCACAGCUCUCUGACUUGAGCGCAGGGAUGGUUUGCAGGUAUCUGCAUGGGCUCCUCCACGCCGGUGUUUUACCAUCUACAGUGGAGGAAGCUCGUGCGUCAGCUGUCUCACUGCCUUCUUCUCCACAUGUCCACUCCACCGCUCCGUCUCUGGCUCCGUCAGGAUUAACUAGUCUCCAACAAGGCUAUGAUUAGUUUCCCUAUACACACUCACUUGUGCCGCAAAUCUGUGAAGCCAGGGUAUCUUUCUUUCCUCUUUGAUGUUUGUUUAUGAAAUUUGCGUAGCCAUUCCCUCAAAUGCCACAAUGUAUUGAAUGACUGCAUAAUAUGUAGUAAAUUACUGACAAAGAGACAAAGUUUAGGUGCUGAGUUUGACAAAAGUGAAACUUAAAAUUGAUAUUAUUCAUGUGCCAGACUACAUUAAUAGUAGCCUAAUGUAAGCCAAAUUAUAGAGAGAGAACAGAUUAUGAGAAUCUCCUGUUGGGUCAGACUUGCACCAGUCUUAAGUCUGAGUUCACCUGUUUUAAAGAUGACCACUGUACAGUUAAAUGCUAUGUUCAUUCAACGCAUGAGGCCUUGUUUGUGUAGCAGCCUGUUGUGCUUUUGGCAUUAAUAAAUAAAUGUAUAUCUGAACACAGAA